AUGUCCGUUGAUCGGUCCAUUGCCGGAACGCCAGUGCCGGUCGUCUCAGAAGACUCAGUUUCCAUGUUCAUGGAUCCAGACUUCAAUCCUUCCAACUACAUAGACAAACUCUUUCAGACCAUAACAUCCAGCUCUGUGCCGUCAGCAGCAUACUCAAAAGCUUCGUUGGGUAAACUUUCCUAUGACAUCUCGCAAUUGGUGACUCAUCUCGACUACUACACAAGUGAAUUGUCCAAUAACAACUUGCGACAGACGCUUCAGACACUCAACAACUCCAAUUUGGUCAUUCUCCAAGGAAAUAAAGAUGAUAGUAGCGAGCCAAAUCUCACUCGUUUGCAGUACUAUGUGAAUGUGUUGAAUAACAGCAUUCUCACGUUGCUGGGAGAAUUGAAAUCCAUCAACGAGGACAUUUCUCAAAGUAAAGUAAAUGAUAGACUGAUCAACAACGAGUCGAUCAAUGACUUGAUUCAGCUCAAAAAAGUAAAACAAAACCUCACACUGGUAUUGCACCUCUACGAAUUCUUGAGCGGCAUACUCUCUAGCACCAGCGGGGAAACCAAAACAAGUUAUACUGUUGAAGAGUUCCAGAAUGUCCUCAACACAUCAUUUGAUUCCAUCAGAAACGAAUUGGAAGCUGGAGAAAAAGCUAAUAAACAGAAAAUCUUGGCUCAUAUAGACCAUCUCGUCGAACUCAGCGGUUUGUUUGUCAAUUUGAAGAACUUCCAGAGCCCAUUCAGGAAAUACAUAACUCGGUUGACGGUGUUGAAAGAAGAGAAUUCAAAGUAG